AUGGCCAAGAGCUGCCGUUGCCCCUCAACCAGCUCUCCACUUAAGGUCUGCGUCAGUGGUGCUGAAUUGAUAGCAUCCUGGAAUGAUGUGUUUGUAUACCAAAUUUCAAAUGGCAAAUAUAAAAGAUACAAUAUGACACGGCCUCAGGUCGAUACAAGUGAAAGCAUUGUAUCCUAUAGAAUUAACCACUUUGAUAUCACUGUAAUCUUAUCACUGAAGAUACCUGGAAGCUAG